AAAAGAGUAUAAAGUGGAUGUGAUUGAUUGAUAUCUUUAGUCCUCAGAGAGACCAGUGUUGAAUCAGCAGGGACUUAGGUUUCAGGCUCACAGUCGUCUGAGUGAGAAGAGACGGCGUCAAUGGAUCUGGCUGUGGCCCUGGUGCUCUGUCUCUGCUCUCUGCUUCUCCUGUCACUCUGGAAACAGAGCUCUGGGAAAGGGAAGCUCCCGCCGGGCCCCACUCCUCUCCCAAUUCUUGGAAACAUCCUACAGUUAGAUAUUAAGAACAUCAGCAAAUCUUUAACCAAUCUCUCAAAAGUCUAUGGCCCUGUGUUCACUGUGUAUUUUGGUGUGAAGCCCGUCGUGGUCUUGCAUGGAUAUGAAGCAGUGAAAGAAGCCCUGAUUGAUCUGGGAGAGCAGUUUUCUGGAAGAGGCAUGCUUUCAUUGGCUGAAAGAGCUAAUAAAGGAAAAGGAAUCCUUUUCAGCAAUGGGAAGACAUGGAAGGAGAUGCGACGCUUCUCCCUCAUGACCCUGAGAAAUUUUGGGAUGGGGAAGAGGAGCAUUGAGGACCGAGUUCAAGAGGAAGCCCGCUGCCUGGUGGAGGAGUUGAGAAAAACCAAUG